AUGUCUAUCAAGAUGAACCUCUGGAGCUUGACCCUUCUCCCCGGAGAGGCCCAGCCCGUCUACGUUCGACGAGACUUCCAGAUCACCAACGCCGCCCUCGGCGAGGAGCUCCGAUCCACUGACGGCCGAUCCGUCGUCAAGGUCACCCACAGCCCCAUCGACCCCGCCAUGUUCGACGACUCUGACUCUGAGUUUGACUCUGACUUUGACGGCGAGAUCGACUCUGACGAUGAGGACGAUGACGAGGACAUGGAGGCGGACGAGGAGAAGCCCGCCAAGAAGGAGAAGAAGGUCGCUGCCGCUGAGGAGGAGGACGACGACGAGGAGGACUCUGAGGAGGACUCUGACUUUGAGGACGAGCUCAACGAGACCAACGUUCUCUGUUCUCUCACUGCCGGCAAGACCGAGCAAGCUUCUCUCAACCUUACCUUUGUCCGUGGCGAGGUCGCCCUCUUUGAGGUCACCGGCGAGAACGCCGUCCACCUCAUGGGCAACUACAUCAACCAGGACGAGUACGACUCUGACGACUCUGACUUUGAGGGUGACGACGACUACUCUGACAUCUACGACUCUGAGGACUUGCUCGAGUCUGACGACGAGGAGCCCACUGCCAAGAUUACCGAGGUUGAGGAGCCCAAGCCCAAGAAGGCUGUCAAGGCUGUCGAGGCCAAGCCCGCCCAGAAGCGAAAGGCCGAGGAGCUCGAGUCUCCCGCCAAGACUGAGGCCACCGAGAACCUGAGCAAGGCCCAGAAGAAGAAGCUCGCGAAGAAGGCCAAGACUGAGGCUGACAAGCCUGAGGAGAAGGCUACCGCCAAGCCCACUGCUGAGAAGAAGGCCGCCGCUGCCCCCAAGAAGAGGGUUACCGCUUCUGGUUUGACCAUCGAGGACAUCAAGGUCGGCGACGGCCCCGCCGCCAAGAACGGCAAGCGAUGUGGCAUGCGCUACAUCGGCAAGCUCACCAACGGCAAGCAAUUCGACGCCAACACCUCUGGCAAGCCCUUCUCCUUUGUUCUCGGAAGGGGUGAGGUCAUCAAGGGCUGGGAUGAGGGUUUGGCUGGCAUGAAUGUCGGUGGUGAGAGGCGAUUGACUAUCCCCCCUCAGUUGGCCUACGGUAACGCCAAGGUUGGCGGUAUUCCCAAGGGCUCCACCCUCAAGUUUGACGUCAAACUCGUGUCUGUCCAGUAA